AUGGCAUCUCAUCACCUUGCGCAUAAGAUCCUUGUCGUCUUUGUAGACGGCGAGGGAGAUACUAACUCAUUUGCGUUUAAUGAUGUAGCAGCACGUGGUUGUAACGGCUUUCUCAUUUUGACAGACCCGAAGACUAACGACUUGCUGGCUUUGUUAGGAGGUCAAGGAGAAGCAGCCUUGGAGCUGCCAAUUUACUUUUACAGUACGUCGGAUUCCGCUCUUCAAGUUGCCAAGAAUGCAGGAGUGAUGUCGGUGCAUCAAGUCUCCGAGCAUGAAAUUGACACGAAAAAUCAGAUCAUUUCAUUGCUGGCUGACCCAGAGAUUGCCAAGGUUCUGGCCUUUGUGCAUGUUCAGGUGGCCAAGAACUCGUCACUACCUGCUGAUUCCUGGAUCUAUUCGCUUGUGUCAGAGCUGGCAACGCAACAACAAGCAGACGGCAGCAGCAAGUUCUUUGUUUCCAUUGUGAAAACUGCGAGCCAACAUGUGUCUAAGCUGUUGGAUCCUCAUCCUCUUCGACCCCAGCAGAGCUAUCAGAAAUGGGACCACAAGUAUCCAGAACAGAAGGAAGAGAGAGCUCUACAGCGCCUCAUGUUUGUUAGUUUCUACCAGGAUCAGACACGUCGUGAUGCCGUGCAGACGUUUGACGAAACAGAAAUUGACAAGCUUGGCGGAUACGGAGCAAUGGACGCACGCGUUUUUAUGAAAGAAAUGGCAUUCCGUCUCGGAUGUGCACCUAAAUAUGGUGCUUAA